AUGCCUUCGGAAAAUCUAAGGCUAUUGUCCAAGCAAGAGCGUGUGUUACGUAUCUCGCUGGAAAAUGUGGCUGAUUUCGUACAGUCCUAUGAGGAAGGAACGGACAAACAAUCCUUGGAACUGAGGUUAGCCAAACUGGACGAAUUAUUGGAGAAAUUCAUCAAUAUUCGAAUGCAAAUGGAGAUCUUAGCCGACGAUGCGGAUGACAUGGAACUUACAGAAACCAAAGCGACUGAAGAGGAACGAAUUCGACAAAGGGAUACGAUCAACGCCACCAUCAUCAAAGAUUUUGAAAACUCUGUGUACGAUUUGAAGCAAACUAUUCUGAGCUAUCUCACAACAGCAAACAGGAAUCACCCAAUGCCAAAUGGUUCGAGACAAUCCACGGUUGAUUCACAGUCCCGAGUGAAACUUCCAGACCUCAGACUGCCUUCGUUUAGUGGACGGAUGUCGGACUGGGUUACUUUCCGUGAUACAUAUAAGAACUUAAUCCAUAAUGAUGUUAGAUUAUCAGAUAUGGAUAAGUUCACAUACCUGCGAACAUCGCUCACCGGAGACGCUCUGCAGGAAAUCGCAUCGAUUGAGAUCUGUUCCAACAAUUAUAUUAUCGCGUGGAAUGCUUUGGAGAGAGUCCAGAUUCUGCACGCGGGGAUCAUGUCACCAUUGUGGUCAACGCCAUCACACGCUACUUCAUUCGAGUUCAUCACCCACUGUGGGUUCACAAGCUAA